AUCUUACCACAGAUGCUAGUGUUGUUGUUCUCUAACCUCAAUUUUUAAUGAAUGCACCUUUCACAUUUGUAAAUUAACAAAUGGCUUGGAAAUCAAGUGAUGAAUUUUGGAAUACCACGUCUAGAACAAGUUUUAAUUUCGAUGACGAUUUUGAAAUUAUCUCUUCACGGAGCUAUAUUAGUGAUUCCAAAUCGAGUGAUAAUCUAGGCUCCAUUGUAAACUAUGAUUUUGAAAGUGCAAGUGCACAAAGUUUACUCCCCAUCGAAUCAUUAUUGUCAAGAAGAAAUUUAGAGGCAGUGUUGAAUGAUGUACGAAUUACAUACCAAACUCCUACACCUUCAGUUCAAGAGACAGUCAUCAAGAUGUUUCUGGGGAUGCCUUAUUCGUUGUCUGUGUAUCGUUCAUUAUCUCAGAAACUAGACUUAUUAGAUGAAGCAAUCGCCAGUGAAGAUGGAAACAUAAUAUUAGCUGUCCUUUUGUUUUUGAAGAAGACACUGGAAGCAACAGAAUUGUACAACCAUAUUACAAAACGGAAGGUUGCCUAUCGGCAUUACUCCAACUACUUAAUGGAGGAAUUACUAGAGCAAGAGCUAGCGAAUCUUGUCAUAUGCAGCGGGAAUACUUGUGAUCUUGUUUAUGUGUACGGCACGGGGUUGGAGAAAGACAUGUCCAAAGACAAAGUGCAGAUAAAGUUACUCAAGUUCUUUCUAGAUUACUCAAAAAUGAUGAGUUCCGAGCAACGGGCAAUGUUUACAGAGUAUAAAAAUUUCAUAGGUUGGCAAAUUGAAAAUAAACUGUCUUGUCAUACUCUUACUGAGGAGUUGGCAUUUUUGUGCAAAUCACAAUGGGAAACGAAGUCGGACGGCAGCAAUUGUGCGAAACAAAUAAUAGAUUUUAGAGCGCAGCGUCAUUUAAAUGAUUUUCAAUAUGAGUGGAUUGUCAUAAAUGCUUUAUGUACAUUUGAGAUGUGGGAAAGGUUAAAGCAUUUGUUUAUUAAACCAAUUUGGCUAACGAAAAGAGUCGUUAUAAAAUCUGUGAUUAAUCCUCAACUCUUUAUGACGGUUUUACACAAACACAACGCUCCUACCUCAGUAUUGGAAGAAUUUUUACCUUGCAUUCCGGAUACGGAACUCAGUACAUCAUUGGCAAAGAAGCUGUUGUGCCACCAGUUUGUUAUAAAUUAUUAUGUAUCACAACGAGAUAGGUUGGCACUGCUGUCUUACAUGCAGGAAAUUUCCAGAGAUUCGGAACACUAUACUUACGCCGAGAGAAUGCUAAAUUCGGAUAAAAGAUGGAAAAAUUAGUUCUGAAGAAGAAAAUCAUCGACUUAUUUAACUAUUUAAUAGGAAUGUAUAAUACUGAUAAAUUUACAUAUUUGUAUGUUUAAAACAUUAUUUAUAAAAUAUAUUUUUCAGUUUGUGUUUUCA